UGGGCCGGGGCUAAUGGUUCCCUGACAGGAGCGGGGGGAACCGGGAGAUCAGUUCGGAAAAGAUGCCGGUGGCCGUAGGACCAUAUGGGCAGUCGCAGCCCAGUUGCUUUGACAGGGUAAAGAUGGGCUUCAUGAUGGGAUUUGCCGUGGGCAUGGCAGCUGGCGCUCUAUUUGGCACCUUCUCCUGUCUGCGAUUUGGAAUGAGAGGACGGGAGCUUAUGGGCGGAGUCGGGAAGACCAUGAUGCAAAGCGGCGGCACCUUCGGAACAUUUAUGGCCAUUGGGAUGGGAAUUCGAUGUUGAGCUGCCUUGGUUUUUGUUAUUUUUGUCCAUUAAUGUUCAUUAACGAUCUGCACAAUGAAGCUAUGAAUGAAGUCA